AUGUCAGACGAAGAGAAAGCACCCUCUUUUCUUGAGGACGCCAGAGUCAAGUUUAUCGAGGUUAAACUAUGCGAUCUGUUGCAAGUUCGGAGCAAGACGUGGGAGAAGAGCGCUGUCAGCGAGGAGUUUCAAAUGCUUCUGAAAGACUUCUUUGAGAGGGGAUCAGUGGUGUUUUUCUCCUCAUCGACAAAAGGUUGUUUGGUCGCGUCGCAUGAGGUACCAGCUGUUGCCUAUAACAAACAAGUGUGUAUCCUCAAGAAGACAGCUGUCCCAGUCAACUUUGAGAACUACAGGAGACUUCUGCUUUUCGGGUCUCUGUCUACAACCCCACUAACCCAGCUAUCGUGCACAGUAGAGCAGCUAUGUGUUCCACUGCUGACAAACUGCAAAAAUCAUCACAUGAUGCCGAAUUUGAUGCCUGAGGACAUCAUUCGACAUGUUGAGAAAGUGCGCAGCAAGACCUCAGUUGUGCACGGAAAAGCACUGGGUAAAACUGUCCUGCCUAUACCAACUGCAGUAGACUGGAUGGAAAAAUCACACAAGACAUUGAAAAUUGGGCAUGAUGGCUAUGACAGGGCACUGGCCCAUGCCAUAGAGACCCAGGUCAUCAGCUGGUCAAACACGAUCCAGAAGAUUUUAAAGGAGGAUUCAGCAGACCUGCUGGCAACUGGCUGUAAUCCAGGGCCGAAAGCUGAGCUCAAGUUUUGGGCCUCUAGAAAGAAGAACAUACAGAGUAUUUAUCAUCAACUUCAAAGUCCCAUUGUUGAAAUGAUGGCAAAGAUGUUAGAGAUAAUGGACAGUAGCUACCAAACAACAAUCAAGACUCUUCUAGUGAAUGUGUUUACAGCGCUUCAAGAGGCCCAGGAUAUCGAUCUUUAUUUAAGGCCACUAAGUGCCCAAUUGUCUCAACUGGAAAAGAAAGGACUGCUUUACAUGGAAGCAUACAUACCUGCGCUCUUUCAUACACUUUUCCUUAUCUGGACCAACUGCCAGUCUUAUCAAAGACCGGGACGAAUUGUGGUGCUACUACAGGAAAUAUGCAAUCUGUUUAUUGAACAUGCUUCUGCGUACCUCUCUGCAGAUCUUCUACUCAGAGAAGAUCCAGAGGAAAGUCUACUAAUGGUAAAGAGGGGGAUCAAAGUCUUUAGCUGUUUCAAAGAAAGUUACCAGACCCAGAGGAUGAGGCUGGCAAACCAAGAGAAUCAUGCACCCUGGGAUUUCCCAUCUACCAUGAUUUUGUCGCGUUUCAGCAGUUUUUUUAACCGCAUGCUGCAAUUGGAGGACUUGUUUGAAAUUAUGCUGGACUUCCAGAGGAUGGAAAAACUGGAGUUUGGCGGAAUUAAAGGGGGGCUGUACAAUAAUUAUGUUUCCAAGAUCCAUAGAGAGUUCAGAGAGCACUGCCAAGAGCUGAAGCACUCUAAAAACAGCCCACUUGAUAUUACCUCUCAGGCUUUUGAGGAUGAGUAUUACGCUUUCAGAAGUAAAGUUGCAGACAUGGAAUGCCGCCUUGCCAGCCUGCUGUCUUUGGCUCUUAAGGAUUGUACGGGACUGGAAUCGGCUUUAAAGAUGCUUACUAUUGUUGGACCCUUCUUGGAGAAAAAGGAGAUAAGACGGAGGCUUUUCCCCUCCCUCAUUCUGCUUCAGCAGCUUUUCAAACAAGAGCUGAUGAAUUGUGAUGGUCUGUUCCAGUCUCAUUGCAAGCAGGUGGAGAGUGGUCUAACAAAGAACAUGGCACAUACAUCUGGAUCUUUGAAGUGGGCCAAAAUGCUAAGAGAACGCAUUAACACACCCUUGCAAAGAUUUGGAUUGCUCUUUGACAUGUCUGCUGAAGGCAUGGAGAUGAUGAAUGACUGCCAGUUGUACAAUGAAAUGUUAGGUCUUCUGAAUCAGUAUGAGGAGGAUGUUUACUCUGAGUGGUGCAAUGGGUUGGAACAGGCCUGCCUGAUAAAUCUGAACCAGCCUCUCAUUAAAAGAAAUCACACAACUGGCCUCAUUUCUGUAAAUUUCAAUACAAAGUGGUACAACAAGCUUAAGCUGACAGUGUUAGAGGUGGAGCUUCCCCUCAUCAAAGCUGAGCUGGAGUCCAUCAACCUGCAGCUGCUAAGAGCGGAGACAGACCUGACUUGGCAGGAUCAGCAGAGCUGGAACUUGAUCAGAACCACCAAGCACUUUGUCCAAGACCUUGCAUGUCGAGUCAGUCGAGCCAAGGAAAACUGCGAUGCCAUUCAGGCAGUGAUGAAGGGGUGGAGCAAACAGGUCAUGUUCUGCAGAAAAGACAACAAGAAAGGCUCAUUCAUACAACUGGGCGACAGGACGGACUGUGUCAGCAAGAAGUAUAACUCCAUGAGGAAGGAUGGCGAUUUCAUACAUCAGCUGGUCCAGGAAAAUAUGUCCCUUUUUCGAGCCGAACCUGCUUCAGAAGGAUGGAGAUCCUACUUGGAAUACAUGGAUGAUGUGGUGGUGGAGGGACUUUUCAGCUACAUCAGUCACUCUCUUCAGUUCUUUGUGGACAACAUGGAAUUGUUGCCAAACCAGGCUCCUCUGUUUGAAGCUCAGUUGAUGCUGGAUGACACAGGAGUGACUUCCUGUCCUUCAGUGGAGCGAGAUGUAGGAGAUGGCCUCUAUGAUCUCAUAGAGGAACUCGUUGCAAAUGUAUUCAAGACUUCCCUGAAUGUAAAGAGAGUUGCAGAGAGUCAUCUUAUUAUGGAGAGCUAUCAGGAUGUAAUGGAUGGUAUGGCAGAUUUGUUGGACCUGAGACAAGAAAUAAUGGGCCGAGUUGACAAUGUCCUGAAAAAGGCUUCAGAGUACCAGCGGACGUUUGAUAUCUAUGCACACCUUUGGCAAGAUGACAGGACUGAGUUUCUAAGCCACUUUCUCCAGUAUGGACGUGUACUUUCAACAGAGGAGAUGGAGGCUUCUAAAGCAGAUCUGCUCCCUAAGAACCCCCCGUCAAUCGAUAACUUCAAAGAACAGAGCAGUGUAGAAAACUGGACAAUGACCAAAUGGAGGCAAACAAACAUAGACCAGAUGGAUGCAGAAUUGAGGAGAUUUGCCAAGGACAUACGGAAGCUUGACAAAGACGCUCGCAUGUGGGACGUUUAUAGUGGAUUGGACCGUUUUGUAAAGAAUUUGUUGACGUCCCUGCGGGCUGUUCUGCUCCAGAGUGUUUUUCUGAGCAAGCAUGUAGAUCACUUCUUCUUCCAGGCAGUGGAACUACAGAACCAGCUGACUGUGGCUGACACUGUUCUGAUGGUCUGGAUGGAGGUACAAAGAACAUGGACCUACCUGGAAAGCAUCUUUAAAGGCUGUGAUGACAUUGGCCAACAGCUGCCCACAGAUACACACAGAUUUCAAGCUAUAGAUGCUGAAUUUCAGGAGUUAAUGUUGGACAGUGCUAAGACUAAAAAUGUAAUUGAGGCCACCAACAAACCACAUCUAUUUGAGAAGUUGGAGGAUCUACAAAAAAGGCUAGCUUUAUGCGAAAAAGCUCUUGCUGAAUACUUGGAGACAAAAAGGAUUUCCUUUCCACGAUUUUACUUCCUUUCAUCUACAGACUUGUUGGAUAUCCUUUCUAAAGGGAGUCGUCCCAGUGAGGUAAUUGUACAUCUCUUAAAACUUUUUGACAACAUGUCAGAUCUUGAAUUUGCCAAAAAUGACCAGAUGGACAAUCCUAAAUAUGCUGUGGGCAUGUACAGCAGAGAGAGGGAGCAUGUCCCAUUCCAAACUGAAUGUUGCUGUUAUGGGCUGGUGGAGACAUGGCUUGCUUCUCUUGAAGAGUCAAUGAGGAAAUGUAUCAGGGGUCACCUGCUUGAAGCUGUGUCUGUGUACGAGGACCGAUCCAGAGAGCAGUGGAUUCUCGAAUUUCCUGCCCAAGUUGCUCUAACUGGAUCACAAAUCUGGUGGAGUAAUGAUAUGGAGCUUGUGUUUAAAAGAUUAGAAGAGGGAUUGGAGUCUGCACUAAAAGACUACAACAAAAAGCAGAUUUCUCAACUGAACUUGUUGAUUGGCCUGUUGCUGGGAGAGUUGAGCCCAGAAGAUCGACGGAAGGUCAUGACUGUCUGUACUAUUGAUGUACACGCCAGAGACAUUGUUGCCAGCCUUAUUGCUCAUAAGGUUACCAACUCACAAGCGUUCCAGUGGCUUUCCCAGCUUCGACAUUGCUGGAAUGAGAAGGAUCACCACUGUUAUAUCAACAUUUGUGAUGCUCAGUUUCGUUACUUGUAUGAGUAUCUUGGAAAUGCGCCACGUCUUGUUAUCACUCCUCUCACAGACAGGUGCUAUAUCACCUUGACUCAGUCGCUCCACCUGAUGAUGAGCGGAGCCCCAGCAGGCCCGGCAGGAAGUGGGAAGACUGAGACAACAAAGGAUCUAGGUAGAGCCAUGGGGGUCAUGGUGUACAUUUUCAACUGCUCUGAACAGAUGGACUACAAGUCCAUUGGAAAUAUAUACAAAGGUCUGGCCCAGACUGGAGCAUGGGGCUGCUUUGAUGAAUUCAAUCGUAUCCCUGUAGAUGUUCUGUCAGUUGUAGCGGUACAGGUCAAAGCUAUUCAGGACGCCCUUCGUUCUAAAAAGAAACGUUUCCUGUUCCUGGAUCACGACAUUGCCUUAAAAAACUCGGUAGGGAUUUUCAUCACUAUGAACCCUGGCUAUGCAGGCAGGGCAGAGCUACCAGAGAACCUCAAGGCUCUUUUCAGGCCAUGUGCCAUGGUGGUGCCUGACACUGAGCUUAUUUGUGAGAUAAUGUUGGUGGCAGAAGGUUUCCAUGAUGCAAAGGUUUUAGCCAGGAAGUUCACUGCUUUGUACCGUCUUUGCAAAGAGCUACUCUCAAAGCAGGAUCAUUAUGAUUGGGGUUUACGUGCUGUAAAGUCUGUUCUGGUUCUGGCUGGUGCACUGAGAAGAAGAGACAAGACAAGGCCAGAAAACCAGGUGCUGAUGCGUGCACUCCGGGAUUUCAACAUGCCUAAAAUUGUGACUGAGGAUGUCAGUGUAUUCCUGGGACUUCUUGGAGACUUGUUCCCAGGCUUGGAGGUGGAAAGAGAAAGAAACUUUGAAUUUGAGAAGGCUGUCAAAGAGACUAUGCUGGAGCUCCGACUACAACCUGAGGACUCAUUUAUAUUCAAGGUGGUGCAGCUAGAGGAACUCAUGACAGUGCGUCACUCUGUCUUUGUUGUUGGAAAUGCAGGGACUGGGAAAAGCCAGAUCUUGAGAGUUCUUCAUAAAACCUAUGUAAACCUGAGGAGGAAACCAGUCUGGAAUGACCUGAAUCCAAAGGCAAUAGACCGAAAUGAACUAUUUGGCUUCAUCCAUCCUGCAACACGGGAGUGGAAAGAUGGUUUGCUUUCAUCACUGAUGCGAGAGCAGGCAAACAUCUCCCACCUUGGGCCUAAGUGGAUUGUGUUGGAUGGAGACAUUGAUCCGAUGUGGAUUGAAUCACUCAACACAGUGAUGGAUGAUAACAAGGUUCUGACAUUAGCCAGUAAUGAGCGUGUGCCACUUACCUCAUCCAUGAGACUGGUGUUUGAAAUCAGUCACCUUAUGAUGGCCACUCCUGCUACUGUAUCCAGGGCAGGAAUUCUCUAUGUUAACCAACAGGACGUGGGCUGGAAUCCGUAUGCUGCCAGUUGGAUUGAUCAACGAGAACGCCAAACAGAAAGAGCUCACCUCACCAUAUUGUUUGAGAAAUACGUUCCACUUUGUCUGGAACAAAUGAAAAACCGCUUCAAGACAAUUACUCCCAUCCCAGAGAUUUCGAUGGUGCAGACACUCUGCAUAUUGCUUGACUGCCUUCUGACACCAGAAAAUAUUCCAUCAGAUUCUCCUCGUGAAGUAUAUGAGAUUUAUUUCACCUUUGCCUGCAUUUGGGCUUUUGGGGGGGCCCUCUGUCAUGAUCAGCUCCACGACUAUCGGGUCGAGUUCAGUCAGUGGUGGGCCAAAGAAAUGAAGACAGUGAAGCUGCCAGCACAAGGGACAGUGUUUGACUACUACCUUGAUCAUCAAACCAAGCGCUUCCUGCCCUGGAGUGACAUUGUGCCGCAGUUUGAACUGAGAAGUUGCACACCAUUACAGGCUGUUCUGGUACACACAGCAGAGACUGUGCGUCUGUGGUACUUCAUGGACUUGUUGCUAGAGAGAAGGCAGCCGGUGAUGCUUGUGGGGAAUGCUGGAGUGGGAAAGACUGCACUUGUCAGGAGCAAGUUAGAGUCACUGCCAGAGAGUUACAUGACCUCAAAAGUACCCUUCAACUACUACACUACCUCCCUCAUGUUACAAGAGAUCCUAGAACGACCAUUAGAGAAAAGAGCAGGCAGAUGCUACUCCCUUAUAGGCAACAGGAAGCUCAUUUACUUUAUAGAUGACAUGAACAUAGCAGCUGUUGAUCCCUAUGGAACAGUACAGCCUCAUGCGCUCAUACGCCAGCAUCUGGAUUAUGGGCACUGGUAUGGCAGACAAAAGCUGGCCUUAAAAGAAAUACAAAACACCCAGUAUAUUGCUUGUAUGAAUCCAACUGCCGGAAGUUUCAUCAUUAACCCCAGGUUACAGAGACAUUUCUCAGUGUUUGCAGUGAACCUUCCGUCAUUUGAGGCUCAGAUGUCAAUCUACAGUCAGAUACUGUGUGGUCAUGUAAAGCAGCAACUGUUCAGUCCAUUGGUCCAGAGGAGUAUUCCAGCUGUGGUCAAAGCUGCUUUAAAGCUUAAUCACAAGAUAGUUCACAACUUUCUGCCUACAACCAUCAAGUUUCACUACACCUUCAACCUUCGAGACAUAUCUAAUGUCUUUCAGGGCAUCAUUCUCUGUCCGCCUGAGAAUUUAAAAGGAAACAUUGACAUGGCAUUGUUAUGGCUCCACGAGUCCUGUAGAGUAUACUCGGACAGACUGGUGGAUGUGAAGGACCUUGAGCUUUUCCAGAAGCUCCAAAUGGAAACUCUACAUGAAUGCUUUGAGGGAGUGGAGGAAAAAAAAUUGAAAAAACAGCCCCUCCUCUUCUGCCACAUUUCCCACAUGGAUGAGGAUCCCUCCUAUACUCCUGUCACAGACUGGUCGACUCUCAAGACAGCCCUCACAGAUGCAUUGGAAAGCUAUAAUGAGCUGCAUCCAGCAAUGAAUCUUGUGCUAUUUGAAGAUGCAAUGCAACAUGUCUGCCGCAUCAGUCGCAUCCUGGAAGCUCCAAGGGGUCAUGGCUUACUGGUUGGGGUUGGGGGCUCUGGAAAACAAAGUCUGACUCGUUUGGCAGCCUACAUGUCGUCUGUGGAGGUUUUUCAAAUCAGUCUCACUAAAGGUUAUAGUGUCCAGGACCUCAAGACUGAUCUGGCAGGGUUGUUCCUAAAGACUGGAGUCAAGAAUCAGCGUGUGGCUUUCCUUCUAACUGAUGCCCAGAUACCUGAUGAGCACUUUCUGGUUCCUAUUAAUGACUUACUGGCAUCAGGGGAAAUUCCAGAGCUUUUUAGUGAGGAGGACAUGGAAGAAAUUGUUUCCAGUGUGAGAGCUGCAGUACGAGGCGUUGGACUGCUGGACAACAGGGAGAACUGUUGGAGAUUCUUUAUACACCGAGUAGUACUGUGUUUAUCUCCUCUGGGCACAAACCUUCGUGUUAGGGCCCGUCAGUUCCCGGCCCUCAUCAGCUGCACAGCUAUUGACUGGUUUCAUCCUUGGACAACUAAAGCCCUGCAGUCAGUCAGCAACACGUUCAUCCAAGACAUUAAAUGCAUUGAGCCUGCCGUCCAAGAAUCCAUCAGUCUUUUCAUGGCCUACGUUCACACCAGUGUCAACCAGGCAAGUGAAAAAUACCAGCGCAAUGAGAAGAGGUACAAUUACACAACCCCCAAGAGCUUUCUCCAGCAAAUCACCUUAUAUAGGAACCUACUGGAGAAGAGCCGUUCUCAGCUUCAACACAAGAUGAACCGACUCGACAAUGGCCUUCAGAAACUCCAGACCACUGCUGCUCAGGUUGAGGAUCUUAAAGCCAAGCUGGCAUUGCAAGAAGCUGAGCUUAACUUUAAAAACAAGAAUAUUGAAACUUUGAUAACGAAGAUUGGACAGCAAACUGAGAGGGUUAGCAAGAAGAGAGAGGCGGCAGAUAUGGAAGCACAGAAGGUUUCUGUCAUACAGGCAGAAAUCACUGCCAAACAUAAAGAGUGUGAGAGUGACUUGGCCAAGGCAGAGCCAUCACUGACAGCUGCGGUUGCAGCACUGAACACCCUAAACAAGGUGAAUAUUACUGAGUUGAAGGCCUUUCCAAAUCCUCCAGCGGCAGUAAUCAAUGUUGUAGCAGCUGUGAUGGUCCUUCUAGCCCCACGUGGACGUGUGCCUAAGGAUCGGAGCUGGAAAGCGACACGGGCCUUCAUGGGCAAGGUGGAUGAUUUUCUGCAAGCACUGGUGUCAUAUGACAAAGAGCACAUCGCAGAGUCUUGUCUAGCUGUGGUGAAACAGCAAUAUCUGAGAAACCCAGACUUUCACCCAGAUUUAGUUUGGACCAAAUCUACAGCUGCUGCCGGACUUUGUGCCUGGACGAUUAAUAUUGUCAGAUAUUAUGAGAUUUAUUGUGAGGUCACUCCAAAGAGGCAAGCGUUAUUGCAAGCUAAUGCAGAACUAGAGAUGGCAACAUCUAAAUUUCUGGCAGUUCAAACCAAAUUGGCAGAUCUAGAUGCCAGCCUCCAGAGCCUCACAGCUCAGUUUGAAAGAGCUACAGCUGAGAAAAUCAGUUGUCAGGAGGAGGUGACUCGAACCACCCAGACCAUAGAGCUGGCCAACCGGCUAGUCAGAGGCUUAGUGUCUGAGAGAGAACGCUGGUCCCAGGCAAUUGUCCAGUAUGAGAACCAACGUAAAACUCUCUGUGGUGAUGUCCUCCUCACUUCAGCUUUCGUCUCUUACAUGGGUUACUUUACCAGCCAGUAUCGUACUGAGCUUUUUAACAAUGCAUGGAUUCCUUUCCUUGAGUCUCAAAAGGUCUCUGUUCCCCUGACAGACGGCUUGGAUCCAGUCCUCAUGCUUACAGAUGAUGCCACCGUGGCUGCCUGGCAUAACCAGGGCUUGCCAAAUGAUCGGAUGUCUACUGAAAAUGCUGCCAUCCUGACCACCAGUGAGCGUUGGCCACUCAUCAUAGACCCACAACAGCAGGGCAUCAAGUGGAUCAGAAACCUCCUUGGGUCACAGCUGAGAAUGAUUCAAAUGGGGCAGAAAGGCUAUCUAGAUGUGAUUGAACAAGCUCUUGUCUGCGGUGACACAGUUAUGAUAGAGAAUCUGCCAGAAAAAGUCGACCCAGUACUGGAGCCUCUACUUGGCAGAAAAACAAUUAAAAAAGGAAGGUAUAUCUUUAUUGGGGGCAAGGAAUUUGAGUACAACAGAAACUUUCAGCUCAUUCUUCACACCAAGUUGGCCAAUCCACAUUUUCCACCUGAGCUUCAGGCCCAGACCACCCUCAUUAACUUCACAGUUACUCCUGUGGGCCUGGAGGAACAGCUGCUGGGACGGGUAGUGUCCUAUGAAAGACCUGACCUCGAGGCCCAAAAGAUGCAGCUAACUACACAGCAGAACCACUUCAAGAUUGAGCUAAAGAGGUUUGAGGAUGAGCUGCUGAGUCACCUCUCUGGUGCCCAUGGUGAUUUUCUAGGUGAUAUUUCUCUGGUCGAGCAACUUGAAAACACCAAGAGCAUGGCUGCUCACAUCCAAACUAAGGUGGUGGAGGCCAGAGAGAACGAGACAAAGAUCAACGAGGCUCGAGAACUAUACCGCCCAGCAGCUGAGAGAGCAUCACUACUCUUCUUCAUCAUCAGUGACCUCAGCAAGAUGAACCCUAUGUACCAGUUUUCUCUUAAGAGUUUUAUCUCAGUAUUUAACAAAGCAAUUGAGUGUGCUGAAUGGGAUGAGGAUGUGAGGACCAGAGUGCACACCCUUACUGAAGCCAUCACCUAUUCGGUAUUCUUGUGCACCAGCCAGGGCCUGUUUGAGAGAGACAAGUUAACCUUCUUGUCACACGUUGCUUUCCAGAUUCUGCUCAAGCAGGGUCUUAUUGAUGCCCAAGAAUUCCACUUCCUACUGAACUUCCCAGUGGAUACGAGUAAAGUUAGUGCAGUAACCUUUCUCUCUCCACAUGCCUGGGGAGCCAUUAAGAGCAUAUCUACGAUGGAGGACUUCAAUGGACUCGACAGAGACAUGGAAAGUUCCCCAAAGGGCUGGAGAAAGAUUGUUGAAUCGAGUUGUCCUGAAAAUGAAAGGCUUCCUCAAGACUGGAAGAAUAAAAGUUCCCUUCAGAAGCUCAUAAUACUGAGAGCACUGCGGCCUGAUAGAAUGACUUAUGCACUUAAGAUGUUUGUGCAGGAAAACAUGGGGUCCAAAUAUGUGAAGCCUGCUCAUUUGGAAUUUGAAAAGCUUUACGAGGACAGUAGUCCCACAACUCCUGUGUUCUUCAUCCUUUCACCUGGAGUGGAUCCACUCAGAGAUGUAGAGAAAUUAGGUUUAAAGCUGGGAUUUUCCAUUGAUCAGGGCACUUUGCAUAAUGUGUCCCUGGGACAGGGUCAGGAGGAAGUGGCUGAGAGGGCUCUCAGGAAUGCCUCUAAACGGGGACACUGGGUCAUUUUCCAGAAUGUACACCUUGUGGCUCGCUGGCUGCCAUCUCUGGAGGCUCUAUUGGACACCGUAGCAGUAAACAGUCAUCCCAGUUACAGGGUUUUUAUCACUGGUGAACCAGUACAGGGCCCUGAGCAGCACAUAAUCCUGAGAGGCAUAUUGGAGAAUGCUAUCAAAAUCACAAAUGAGCCAGCCACGGGGAUGAAUGCUAGUUUGCACGCAGCUCUCAACAAUUUAUGUCAGGACACUCUGGAAAUGUGUUCCAGAGAGCAAGAUUUCAGCUCCAUGGUUUUUUCCCUCUGCUUCUUUCAUGCCUGUGUGACAGAACGCCGAAAAUUUGGUCCACAAGGAUGGAACCAAAAGUAUCCCUUCAGCACAGGAGACCUCACCGUCUCUGUCAAUGUGUUGUUCAACUACCUGGAGGCCAACACUAAACAGUCGAUGCAGGUGCCCUGGGAAGACCUGUGCUAUCUUUUUGGAGAGAUCAUCUAUGGAGGACACAUCACUGACAACUGGGAUAGAAGGCUAUGUAAAACAUAUCUACAAGACUUGAUGCAUACAAAAAUGUUUGAGGCUGAGCUGUCUCUGUGCCCGGGUUUUCCGGCUCCUCCAUUCUUGGACCUCACCGGUUACCACAGUUACAUUAAUGAAUUUCUCCCCCCCGAGAACCCAACUUUGUACGGUCUCCAUCCAAAUGCAGAGCUUGGGUGUCUCACUGUAACUUCAGGCAACAUCUUCAAGACUUUAUUGGAUCUGCAGCCACACGACUCUAUCAGAGGGGACGGGGCUACUCAGAGCAUGGAGGAGAAGGUUAUGUCUAUAGUUGAUGAUAUCCUUGAGAAACUACCUGAUGAGUAUAAUGUGGCAGAGAUGAUGACAAAAAUAACAGAGCGAAGCCCGUACACAUCAGUGUGCUUUCAGGAAUGUGAGCGCAUGAAUCUUCUCAUCGCAGAAAUAAAGAAGUCCCUCACUGAGCUGAAUCUUGGUCUAAAGGGAGAACUCACCAUCUCGUACACUAUGGAGACUCUACAGAAUGCAAUGUUCAAUCAUUUUGUCCCAGAUUCAUGGGCCAGACUUGCUUUUCCCUCCACUAAAACACUGACCCUUUGGUUGAAUGACCUGAUAUGCAGUUGUCAUGAACUAGACAGCUGGACUCAAGACUUUGUUCUACCUGCUGUUGUUUGGCUCUCCGGACUGUUUAACCCACAGUCUUUUCUCACUGCUGUGAUGCAGAGUAUUGCUCGCAAGUAUCAGUGGCCCCUGGACAACAUGACUUUGUCUGUGGAUGUAACAAAGAAAAUGAAAGAUGAUUUUGGACAUCCUCCAAGGGAGGGAGCCUACAUCCACGGACUCUUCAUGGAAGGAGCACGUUGGGACACUCAGUCAGGCGUCAUCUCAGAGGCAAUCUUGAGGGAUCUGACCCCAGCUAUGCCGGUGUUGUAUGUUAGAGCGGUUCCUGCACAGGAGCAGGAGCUAAGGAACACCUUUGAAUGUCCUGUGUAUCGCACCAAACAGCGAGGGCCCACAUAUAUCUGGGCCUUCCACCUCAGAACCAAACAGCCUCCAUCCAAGUGGAUUGUGGCUGGAGCUGCAUUACUCUUGUCUGUGUGAGACAGAGUAGAAAUCAGACUAUUUUUUGGUUCUUUUUUUUUUAGAAUGAUAGAAAGUUAUGCAAAUAUUCCAAACUUUUUUUCUAAGUGCUAAUCAUGAAUAAUCCCAGUCCAGUUUAAUUUGAAACUUUCUUCCAUUUUUGUUAUAUUUACUAGGUGCAGCAAUGAUAGAAUUUUAAUCUAAUAUUUUCGCAAUGAUAUUUUUAUGAACAGUGGAAAUGUAGUGUUUGUAUAUGCUUUUGAACAAAUAGUAAGGAAAAUAAGUUAGUGAUGGUUAUCAGACAGUGUUGAACCUGUUGUGUGUUUGCAUGACACUGUUGCAUGUCUCCCUUGAGUCUGUCCAUGAUUUGUUGUUAGCUUAUGUCUCCAUUUUAGACCAUGUAAUUCUGGAUAGGGAGCAUAUUUUAUCAGAAGGUCAAGAUUAAAAAAGCUCUCUGGCUGCCCUCUGCUAACUGAAUGAUACACAAUGCUGUCUGGAGGGUUCCCGAACCAAAUUCCCAGGAGAUGAUGUGCAUGGUCGCUAUUGACUUUUAAAUGAGGUGCAUUUGACAUUGACCUUUUGUACGGCAGAGGCAGAAUACUAACAGACUAGUGUAAUUCAUUCAGCUGAGCCUGUUGGAAAAACCCAUUCAAAGACACUGAUAGCUUUGUAUGAGAGAACAACUCAUUAGAUUACACAUCCUUUAUCUUUCUCCUCUCUCUGUUAGCAUCUGAUUCACUUAAUCAGAACCAAAUAAAACCUUUAACUUUGAACGACUGUAGAGAAAGAGUAACCUUAUCUAGAAUGUUGUCUUUUUAAACCAAUUUAACAAAGGUUAAUGGAAAAGUGAGAAAAUUCUCUCUGAUUGUAAAUAAAUGCUGCGGGAGUUCACUGCAGCUCCACAGUCAGUUUCCUGUUGGACAGCUUUGCAAUAUAUAUACCUCAGGCUACAUUUACUCUUCAAGAUAAUAACUCUGUUUCUAAAUAUGUUUUUAAAUAGAAGAGUAAAAUUGUAUUUUAAUUUUAACAGCAAACAAGGCAUGUGCCGUAUUCCUUACUAGAAUAAACAA